UUUCUGUCACCGCGAGCCACAACAACAUCACGAGGCGUCGGGAGGGGAGGGUCCAGCUGAGCCUGACAGGAGCUGCUGCUGCUGACGCUUGACCCAGCACGGGGGCGUCAUUACUCACUGAACACUGCACUCCUCCACUUAGGAAUGGUGUUCUGAAACUGCGUCUGAGGUCUCUAGUGCCAAGUGCGUCCUGCAGGUAGUGAAAACCCGUGGUGGAGGAAAUCAGCCAGUCAUGGCCACUCUAUUCGACCAGUACGAGUCCCUGCAGCAAGGCACCAUGGGAGGCCCCAAGCAGUCCAUCUUGGGCACCACUGCCUUCAAGAACCAGAAAUUGGAGGAGGAAGCGGCAAUAUUCCUUAAAGAUCGCCAGGUAAAUUUCCACCCUACCCACCCCAUAACCCAUCUGGUGGUGGCCAGCCAUCACCUGGUCCUGGCCAUGGCCAACAAAAGACUCAUCAGGAUUAACUUGCUCAAUCCUGGUGCCAGCAGCCAAGAAGAGCAAGAGGUGGAUAUCAGCAAAUUUGCCCUCCAGGCUAGAAUACACAAUAUCUUUCUGGACCCCACGGGCCAGCACCUACUCAUCAGCAUUGUCAGCCGGGACGGGACAACACCUGUAGACACACUGUACUUGCCUCUACGCUCCAACAAGCCAAAGUCCACUGGCAAGCUGAAGUGUCACCUCAUCACAGCUGUUGGGUGGAAUGCUGACAACCAGUCGGACAGUGUGACUGGACCCAUACUUGUGGGGACAUCCAAGGGAGUCAUUCUGGAGAUGGAACUGACCUCAGAUGAGCGGCUCUUUCAGUCUAGCCAUGAAGAGUACUGCAAGCAGGUGUUUGAUGUAGGCAAGGAUGAUCCUGUUCCAGUGACUGCCAUUGAGAUGCGCAGCAGCCCAGUUGAUAACCUUGAGCUCCGCAUCCUGGUGACCACAGCUGAUAAACUUUACCAAUUUUCUGGACGCAUCAGAUCUGCCGAAGACAAGCCAAUGACGACAUCCCUGUUUGCCAACUACUUGGGGCUGCCGCCAAGAUUUGUCAAACUGAUCAGCAGCUGGAAAACUUCAUGGCUCAAGUUGUACCAGCCUCCAAACUCGUCCACUCCAAACCACUUUGCCUGGCUGACAGAGCAGGGCGUCUACACUGGUGACAUUGUGUGGGGGGCAACAGGAGAUGACAUGACAGCCAACAGAAAACUGCACUCCAUACCAGAAGUUGAUGGCUGUGGGGUGCCUUGUGAUAUGAUAGUGUGUGAGUUUCAUGUUCUCAUAGUGUGGCCAGACAAAAUGCGUGGACUCUGUAUCCUCAACAAUCAGGUUGUGUUUGAGGGAACCAUUCCAGAGGAGUGUGGAAAACUUGUAGGCAUAUCAAAGGAUCCCGUCAAAGGGACUAUCUGGGUGUUUGCUGAGAGGGGGGUGUUUAAGUACAAAGUGGACCGAGAGGGACGGAAUGUUUGGCGCAUUUAUCUGGAACAAGGAAACUAUGAGUUGGCAAAGAAGUACUGUAACUCUGAUUCUUCAUGUUUAUCUUAUGUCUUGUUGCAAGAAGCCCAAGAUUAUUUUCAAAAGAAAGAUUAUGUGAAAAGUGCAAAGCUCUUUGCCAAAACACUAACUUCCUUUGAGGAAAUCAGUUUGAAGUUUGUGGAGGUUGGUGAGGAAGGCGCCUUAAAGAUCUAUUUGCAUGAAAAAUUAGAUUCCCUAAAAGUGAGUGAACAAACUCAGGUUACAAUAGUUGUGAUGUGGUUGCUUGAACUUUACUUGAAAACACUAGGGAACUUGCGUGACGCUGGAAAACGGAAUAUGGAAGAAUACCAUAUCUCGGAUGAUCAACUGAAGUCACUUCUACGUGACCCCAAAGUGCAUCAGUGUUUGACAAAUAAUGCCAAUGCUAUUUAUGAACUUCUGGCCUCACAUGAUGACCAGGACAAUUAUGUAAAUGUUGCCUUGAUGUUAAAAGAUUUCGACCGUGUGUUGCUUCAUCUGAUGCGUCAUGGACGGCACAUUGAGGCCUUAGAAGUCAUGAAGACACGUGGGUCAGAACAGCUAUUCUACCAGCAUUUCCCUGCCCUUCUUCAGGCUGUUCCUAGUGCUGCUGUAGAAGCUUUGAUAGCACAAGGAGAAAGGAUAAACCCACUGAAACUUCUCCCCUGUCUUAUUCAUUACCACACCUCUCAUGGAGGAGGAGCUGAAAUUCUGCGUUAUUUUGAAUACUGUGUUGAUAAGUUGGAAAUAACUGAUGAAGUCUUACAUAAUUUCCUUAUAACUCUCUAUGCAGUAGAAGCCCCAGAUAAGUUACUGCCAUAUUUCAAGUUACAGGGUGAUGACAGUCAAAAUGUUCACUAUGAUGUCAAGUUUGCCCUGAGAGAGUGCAUGUCAGUAGGUGAAGAGAAAGCCUGUGUGCACAUCCUGACCACCAUGGGACUGUAUCAAGAGGCGGUGGAGUUAGCCCUCAAGCUUGAUACAUCCCUGGCUAAGGCAACGGCUAACCGCCCAAAAUAUGACCAAGAUCUGAGGAAAAAAUUGUGGCUAAUGAUUGCAGCACAUGUAGUACAGGAAGAACAGGAUGUCUCACGGGCCAUGGAGGUUCUUAGGGAAUGUGAUCUGAUCAAAAUUGAGGAUAUUCUUCCCUUUUUUCCAGACUUUGUUACAAUUGAUCAGUUCAAAGAUGCUAUCUGUUCAUCACUUCAAGAGUACAAUCAACACAUUGAAGACCUGAAGCACAAUAUGGAUGAUGCAUCAAAGGCAGCUGAAAAUAUCCGCAAAGAUAUACAAAAAUUCAAGCAGAAAUAUUCUUAUGUGCAUGCACAAGACAGAUGUUGUGAGUGUAACUAUCCUCUACUAUCAAGACCAUUCUAUCUGUUCCCAUGUUCUCAUAAAUUUCAUCAAGACUGCCUGUCAGAUUCUGUAAUGGGAUAUUUAAGUGAAACUAAACAAAAGAAAGUGUCAGAGCUGAAGGGAAAACUGCUAGCCAUGUCGCAUGAUGAGAGUGGCAUAGGAACAGGUGGGCAGUGGGGUGACAGGGAGCAAGUGAGAGCAGAAAUUGACAGCCUAGUAGCAGGGGAGUGCCUCUAUUGUGGAGACAAUCUUGUGGCAAACAUUGACACCCCAUUCAUCAGUAACAAUGACUGGGAUGCUUCUAUGGCUGACUGGCAAUAGGAAGUUAGAACUGUACAGUUUCUGAUUUUUGUACAUAGAUAUUCAUCAGAAUUUUUCUAUGAAGUGAAAGAUUUUCCUCUACACCUACAAUCACAUAAGUUACAUUUGAAGCCUUUGGGGUCUCUUGGUUUUAUUGAAAUCAUGGCAGUACCACAUUUUCUUUUAUAAAAAUAGUAUUUUGAUUCACAGAUUAUUUUUUUUGAUGAAGUAAAUGUUGGCAGUUAGCAAAUAAAUAAUGAAAGCUCAUAUCAAGAUAUAAUGAAUGGCUCACAGUCAGGCACUUCAUCCUGUAAGCUCAGCAAAUAUAAAUUAGCAACUAUUAUAUGUCAGUUUGUAACAUGAUUUGCAUUAUUUUCCCCCAAGGUGGAUGGAAAGCUAUAGGAUAUCCUAUACUAUGUGUACUUGAUUGGCAUGUGGAGCUGGCUUCAUCAGUGUACGUUUUGUAUACAUGUUUUCUCACAUUUGAAGAAUAUAUCUAUUUAAACACAUCAAGAUUUUGCUGUAUAUAUUUUUGUAAUGUUAAAUAGAGCUUUUAACUGUAUAAUGACAAGUUCAGUUGUAAAUGCAUUAAUCAAGUUUUAAAUGAAUUCACUAUGCAUGUAAAUUCACAACAAAUUCAGCACUUCCUUUCAUUAAGUCAUGAUGUGCCUGCAUAGUGCUUACUUGUAUUUAUAGAAUUAUUGGUAACUCAGGUUCCAUUUUUUUUUUUUUUUUGUGUGUGUGUGUGUGUGUGUGUGUGUGUGUGUGUGUGUGUGUGUGUGUGUGUAGAAUGAUCAGUACUUCCCUGGAUUGGAGUCCUGCCUAUGCUAGUUUAAUGAAAGGUCACAGUAGAUUAUGAAAAUUCUGUCUCCUUAGGUAACUGAAUGAGAAAACUUGAGCAAAAAUUUCAGUAUUUUGCACCUUCAGGUAUACAGCUACUUUCUGAAGUCAUGAAGAUAACACUAGCUUACAGUUAACAUUCUGUAAUUCUGGUUAAACAAGUGUUCUUGAAUUCUCCACAGUGUGAGUGCAAAUGUUUAAGUCUUCUGGAAUCUUGAUAUUAACAUGCUUCUAGAGUGGGAGUUGUUGAAUACUUGAGUGUUAUCAUGGCUUUGGUCAGUGACUGCAUCAUUUUCUUAACAUAAAUGUCUGUUCCCAGCAAAAUCUAAAUUGCUUUACUAGUUGCUUGAAAUUAUAGUUGCAUCCUCUGUUAUGUUUAAAAGUAUUCACUUUAAGGUGCCUGAUUUUAUAUCAUUGCAUAAUCUAAUUAUUCCUAAGUAUGCUUAUGAUAUGAUAGGAAAUUGCAAUGAAAAUCUGCAUGUUGCAGUGAACUAUAAUACUCCUGAUUUAUUUUAUUUUUUUUUUCUGUUUUGUGUUAUGGACUUUGUUACCUGGAAAAUAAAUGACCUGAUGGCAUUAUUAUUAAUAAGAUUGUAAACUGA